GCGCCGCGCGCUCUUCACUUCUUGGGGGCUUUUUAAAACAGCGCCACUGGGGUCUUCUCCAUGCGGCUCGGGCUAUGACAGCCUCCGUGCUCCUCCACCCCCGCUGGAUCGAGCCCACCGUCAUGUUUCUCUACGACAACGGCGGUGGCUUGGUGGCCGACGAACUCAACAAGAACAUGGAAGGGGCGGCGGCGGCGGCGGCGGCGGCGGCGGCGGCGGCGGCCGGGGCCGGGGGCGGGGGCUUCCCCCACCCGGCGGCCGCGGCCGCGGGGGGCAACUUCUCGGUGGCGGCGGCGGCCGCAGCCGCGGCGGCGGCCGCAGCCAACCAGUGCCGCAACCUGAUGGCGCAUCCGGCGCCCCUGGCGCCCGGCGCCGCGGCCGCCUACAACAGCGCGCCCGGGGAGGCGCCCCCGUCGGCCGCCGCCGCCGCCGCCGCCGCCGCGGCUGCUGCUGCAGCGGCGGCGGCGGCGUCGUCCUCAGGAGGGCCCGGCCCGGCGGGCCCGGCCGGCGCCGAGGCAGCCAAGCAGUGCAGUCCCUGCUCGGCGGCGGCGCAGAGCUCGUCGGGGCCCGCGGCGCUGCCCUACGGCUAUUUCGGCAGCGGCUACUACCCGUGCGCCCGCAUGGGCCCGCACCCGAACGCCAUCAAGUCGUGCGCGCAGCCCGCCUCGGCCGCCGCGGCUGCCGCCGCCUUCGCGGACAAGUACAUGGAUACCGCCGGCCCGGCGGCCGAGGAGUUCAGCUCCCGCGCUAAGGAGUUCGCCUUCUACCACCAGGGCUACGCGCCCGGGCCUUACCACCACCAUCAGCCUGUGCCUGGCUACCUGGAUAUGCCGGUGGUGCCCGGCCUCGGGGGCCCCGGCGAGUCGCGCCACGAGCCCCUGGGUCUUCCCAUGGAAAGCUACCAGCCCUGGGCGCUGCCCAACGGCUGGAACGGCCAAAUGUACUGCCCCAAAGAGCAGGCGCAGCCUCCCCACCUCUGGAAGUCCACUCUGCCCGACGUGGUCUCUCAUCCCUCAGACGCCGGCUCCUACAGGCGGGGGAGAAAGAAGCGCGUCCCUUACACCAAGGUGCAAUUAAAAGAACUCGAACGGGAAUAUGCUACAAACAAAUUCAUUACCAAGGACAAACGGAGGCGGAUAUCAGCCACGACAAAUCUCUCUGAGCGGCAGGUUACAAUCUGGUUCCAGAAUAGGAGGGUCAAAGAGAAAAAAGUCAUCAACAAACUGAAGACCACUAGUUAAUGGAUUAAAAAUGGAGCGAGAGGGCAACUUGAAGAAAUGCUUCAGAACUGGUUGCUUUGCCCAGAUAAUGAACAUGCUUAAUAAUAAUAAUUGAAGAAUGGGAAAGAGAAAGAGAAAGACACUGGCAUUUUGCUUUCCUAAGGGGGAUCUCUUUCUCCUUGGUGGAAUCUACAACUCUUUUAAAACUUUAAGAAAAGGUAAAGACUUCCAGUUCUCCCGCCAACCCCACCAGACCGUUAAAUGACAAACUCUAGAGUCAAACGUCAGCCCCCAAAUAUGCAAUUUCAGAUAAGUUACACAUUUACUGAAAUCUUGUAAGUAUUUAUGUGACCAUAAUGUUUCAGGAUACUGUGUUAUAUGGUAAUAAUCCAAAAGUUGGUUACAAAAGCAAGAGGCUGUUGUAAACAUCUGUUUGUCCUUGGGUCGCCAUUGCCAUCUCCUUUGCAUGUUAAGUGACUGCUCAGGUAAAUCUUAGUGAAAUUCCUACCAUUGUUGUAUAUUCUGCAAAACAUCUUAUGUAUAGAUUUAGAAGGGGAGAGAGAAGAAGGUACUGAAAUAAUGAUCUUGGGCAAUUUACAAUGAAGAAAGGGAGAGAAAGCUUUUCCAAGGAUCAUUUGUCUUGGUAGUAAAUACAACCAGCUGAGCCUUUGAGGCUACAAGAACACCCCAGGUUGGGAAUGUCCUUCUGACAAUUUUAAAUUGCUUAUUACAAGCAUAUUUUGUGGCAUUUGGAUUAUAUUUUCUGCUUGACAUAAUUUACUUUCCAAAGAAUUUAAUAACUUUUUAAAAAAUAUUUAAAGCAUCAGAUGCUUCAUAGAAUUCCCUUUAUCAGAUCUCCUGAGAGGUCCACCCCGACAUGGUGAACUUUGGUUUGAAGAGAAUUCAUGUUUCAUUUAAAUUGGUAUUUCCAAAUAUUUACUAAACAUUUUGCUAGAGAGUAAUUUUGCUUUUUUAUUUUUUAGAAAACUCAGAACGGAAAUCCAUUCCCCCCGAAACAUUUAGAUGUUUACAUUCUAUAUUUUGAUCUAUUAGGGAUUAGUAUUUUUUCCUUGUUUAUUGUGUUAUAAGACUGCAUAAGGAAGUUUAGGGAUUCAUCUUUACAGCACAUUUUUAAUCAAGCAGUUAUUUCAACCAGCACAUUCAUUUUGUUCACAUUCACUAUAAAAUGCUAUCUUGUAAAUAAAGACAUUCAGCACACUGUGAAAAUGUAUUUGUGCACCUGCUUUCAAACAUUUCUACUAAAAAUAAUAAUUAAAAAGAACCUUAGACCUGUAGAUAGUGAUAUAGAAGUAUUAAUUAUGGUAAUAAAAUAGUCACUGCUAUUAAAGCCUGAAGGAAAUACUCGUUAUUUUCCAAGCUAAAUGUGCACUGCACAGGAAGAAAAGGAGCGGAUUUGUCCUAUAUAAACCAAGGAUCAUUCUAUUCUAUUAUUAUUCAGCCUUUUUUUUCACUACAAAUUUUUUUUAAAAAGGAGAAAUCCUUCAUAACUAAAAUCUUAAAAAUUUGGAUAAGUGCUUCAGGAGAGUUAAAGUGUUAAGCAUUCUGAAAAGGAGAAAGAAGAAAGGAGGAAGGGAUAGUAUAAAUUCCCAGGCUCACUGUGGAAAAUGAAAACCAGUUGUUUAGUAUCAGUGAUGCCCAGGCUGUAGUAUUUUAAAAUCUGCUAUUGGGUCUGCAUGUGUCUGAAAGGGCAGGUUUUGAUAUUUGUUGAAAUGACAGGACUAGGAAAGGCCUUAAACCUUGACCUUGACGAAAAAAGACAAUUUGUGACCUUGACUUUUGACAGCUCAUGAAUUGGCCUCGGCUGGAUUAGUAGAUCAAGGGCGCCACCUCGCGUUGACAAGCUUCCUUGUAAUUCUUCAGCUUCAAGGGAAUCAAAAGGUCUUACCUCCUUGACUCCUUGUUUUAGAGAUUUAGUACUCAUUUCUUUGGCUCCAGAUGGAACAAAUUUGAAUAUAUGUAAGUUAUACAUGUGCCUGUAUAUAUGUGAAUAUAUAUUAUAUAUGUGUAUACAUGUAUACUUUGCAUAUUGGUGCUCGUGUGUGCUUGUAUAUAUAUUUGUAGAAUCUGUACAGAUAUAGUAUCACUAAUUACUGAUGAUCCAAGAUGUUGUAAUUUAAGGUGAUUUCUAGAGUUGAGGUACAAAAUGUACUUUACAUGAUGAAGUUUUGCUCCUUUUCUUUAAUGGCCAAGUUUGAUUUGUCUUCACAGUGCUUGUUCUGCCUCAGAUUUCUGCAGAUCUGCUUUAAAGCUGUACAUUUUUGUUACAGUCUAAAAGGUGUUCUUAAAUAACCAUUCUUUCCUGGCCCUCACCUCCAAGGUGGUCUACCAUCCUAAUUAGAGCUAUAGGGGAGUCUAUACGGCAAAUAAAAAGUUUCAGAUGCCUUGCUAGCUCUAGAGUUCUAGAGUUACAUUUCAGAAAUUCAAAGAAACUCACCUCUUAAGAGGUCAGUAUGGAGAGCUUAAAGAUCUCAUAGCUAGAAAAUGACCAUAAUAUGGAUGCAGAAGGAGAG